AAUAUGUAUCGUACCAGCCAGCCAAUUGAGUCGACUCUGCUGACUUGAUACCCACUUGCGUCGGUGACGAGGAGCGAGAGAGGGGCCGGCGAUCAAAUGUCCAACGUUCUCUCGGCUCGCAACACUGCCUCUUUUCACGCUGAUAUACAAUGCUCAACCGGUUCUGUUUUACGGAUAGAAGAUCCUUCAGCCUCGUGGAUCAUUCCUGUGUUGUUACGCAAAUGCGACAUGAGUCGCGAAGAAAGAUGGGAUUUUCGAAAUUUAAUUUUUCUAGUAAAUGGAAUUGCAGGCGAAACUUAUGGAAUGACGGCUCGUGCGGCGUCAGAUUUGGCUACUUCAAUGUGUCCUCUCAGCUCCAUUAUUGGUCAUACAUGAUUUCGCAACCUACGCACAUUUAUGUUCCCAAUAUCCAUUCUUGACUUUGCCAGUUUAAUGUUCUGGCCAUCGAGAAAGAAAAAUAAAGUUAAAAGUAGAAACUUACGCCAUAGCGAAUAACACAGAUGCUCCCAAUCACUGCGGUUCGCAAAAGGUGGGGAACGUGAUUCCGGGAAACGGCCACAUGCCGUGAUACCUUGACGUUUACUACUCAGUCGCAGAUUGGCGCGUCUCAGGUGUAUAUCUGUACCAUUAAGUGUUAAGAGUGUUUCGCGCGAUCGGCGGUGAUCGAGUCAAUAGUCAUCUCAUAAUCGUCAUCGAUUGUUCCUCUGUCGACAUCUCGUAUUGCUGACUUUUUAACAGAAGAAAGAAACUUUUCAAGUAACAUGGUUGGAGUGACACAAAGACCCUGGACGCCCACGAAAAGGCGAGGGCCGAUUGCCGCCGAAUACAGCAGCCCGGGGCCAGCGUGUGUAACUUUACCACCGUUAAUCGGAAAAACAGUUCCAGAUUCUAAACGGGAAAGAGCGCCAGCAUUUUCCUUCGGUAGCAGACAUUCAAUGAAAAAUAAUAGCCCUGGACCUGGCCCUGGACAAUACAACGUCUCCGGACUUAGCGCAAAAGGCAAAGAUGGUGCACCUGCCGUAUCGCUGCAUGGACGAACGAAAUCGACGAAAGCCGAAAUUACACCAGCACCGGGCGAUUACAAUCCACAAAAAGCGCAAAAAAUAAUUCUGGACAGUUCGCCAAAAUAUUCUUUCGGCGUUAAAACGCAAGUUGAGAAGAUCAGCUGUACACCUGCACCGAACGACUAUUACGCUGAAAUCAUGAAUAUCUACAGAGCAGCAGCGUUCACUUUCGGCGUAAAAGCUGUGUUGGAAAGACCGAGUGAUGUGCCCGCUCCAGGUACUUAUCAACCGGAGAAAACGAAAGUGGACGGCGUGCCGCAGUUCACAUUCGGGCUUAGAACGCCGCUCGAUAAGCCAAGCGACACGCCAGCGCCUGGAACGUACAGCCCGGAGAAGGUUAACCUGGAAAAGGGUCCGCAGUACAGUUUGACCGGUAAAGGCCGAGUGGAGAAGUGCAACGGAACACCAGCGCCGGGUGCGUACCGCCCCGAGAAGGUGAGAUUAGACUCGUCGCCACAGUUCAGCUUCGGGCUAAGGCCCGCCGUGGAGAAGCCGAGCGACACACCAGCACCCGGCACAUACAGCCCUGAGAAAGUGAAUUUGAACAAAGGACCUCAGUAUAGCUUAAGCGGCAAGGGUCCCGCUGAGAAACCUGUCGACACGCCAGCGCCUGGAACGUAUUGCCCCGAAAAAGUGAAAUUGAACACCACACCGCAAUACAGCUUUGGAAUCAGACCUCUGUUGGACAAACCCAGUGAUACGCCAGCGCCUGGAACUUAUAGUCCAGAAAAAGUGAAUUUAGACAAAGGGCCGCAGUACAGCUUAAGUGGCAAAGGACCCGCCGACAAACCCGCGGAUACACCAGCGCCUGGAACAUAUUCUCCUGAGAAAGUUAGAUUGAAUACUACGCCGCAAUACAGUUUUGGAAUUAAACACGCUUCGGAUAAACCCAGCGAUACACCAGCGCCCGGAGCGUACAGUCCGGAGAAGGUAAAUUUGGAUAAAGGGCCGCAGUACAGUUUGAGUGGCAAAGGGUCUGCUGAGAAGCCCGCUGACACGCCAGCGCCUGGAGCGUAUUCGCCCGAGAAAGUAAGAUUGGACAAUACGCCGCAAUACAGUUUUGGUAUUAAACACGCUCCAAAUAAACCCAGUGACACGCCAGCACCGGACGCUUACAGUCCGGAGAAGGUAAAUCUGAAUAAAGGACCGCAGUACAGUUUGUUUGGCAAAGGACCCGCCGAGAAACCUGUCGAUACACCAGCACCCGGCGCGUACUCGCCCGAGAAAGUGAAAUUGGACGCUGCACCGAAAUACAGUUUCGGACUCCGAACACCUUUGGACAAACCUAACAAUACGCCAGCACCUGGGGCUUACAGUCCCGAGAAGAUAAAUCUGAGCAAAGGGCCGCAGUACAGUUUGACCGGCAAAGGAUUCGAUUUGAAGCCCGACGACGUUCCAGCACCCGGUACGUAUAGCCCCGAGAAGGUGAAUUUGGACAAAGGGCCGCGGUACAGUCUGACCGGAAAAGGGGCGGCGGAAAAGUUGAACGACAAUCCAGGCCCCGCUGAUUACAAACCAGAGAAAGCUCUAAAUCUGGAACAUAAACCAUAUUUCAGUUUUGGUGAUAGGAAACCUUUGGAUAAACCUAGGGAUACACCAGGCCCUGCCGAUUAUACUCCGCAGAAAGCUCUGAGUCUGGAACAUAAACCUUAUUUCGGUUUUGGUCAUAGAGAACCUUUCCAUAAGCCGCGCGAUACACCAGGGCCUGGUAGUUACAACCCAGAGAAAGCUCAGCACUUGGAACAUAAACCAUAUUUCAGUUUCAGUAACAGAAAGCCCUUGCAUAAGCUUAGUGACGCACCAGCUCCCGGAACGUACUGUCCCGAGAAAGUGAACAUGUCGAAAUCGCCGGAAUACAGUUUCGGCGUUAAAACCAAAAUCGAAGAGAAGAAUGCUCUACCAGGACCUGGCGAGUACAGUCCAGAAAAGGCGAUGCUUUUGUUGGAGAAAGCGUUGCAAUUUACUUUCGGCCUCAGAACACCCGUGAGCAGACCAAACGACGUUCCAGCACCUAAUAUCUAUAACAUCCGCUCCGCCCUCGGCGGGACCAGGGAGGGUAACAAGAAAGCGGCGCCCGCUUAUUCCAUAUCCGGCAGACAGAGAGUCUUUACGGACGACCGUGUCCUCGUGCCUGGACCGGGCGCGUACGAGGCCAUCAAGCCGGACGCGGUGAGAGCGAAGAGCCCGGCGUACAGCAUAAGCGCGCGUUUCCCGCUACCCGACGAUCACUCGCAGAUCCCGGGGCCUGGAGCGCACUGUCCGGAAAAGGUGCUUCUCGAUGUUCCUCCUGCGCAUACAUUCGGCAUCAGGCACUCGCCAUACAUUUGCAAUAUGAAGGACGCGGUUUAUUAAUUCGUCUAUUUUAGUGACAAGAAAUUUAUCAAAUAAGAAGCUUGCUUUUGAUUGUCUGACAUUAGCGAUUAAUAAGUUUUAGAAACAGUCAAAUUUAGUUUCUUUUUCUUUUCUAUUUCGUUUCUUUUUGCUUUACUUUAUUAACUACUGCUAAUUCCGUAAAGAAUAUAUCGGGCAAAGUGGAUUAAGUCAAGAUAUAUUAUGUGCGAAUAUAUUAUAAUACCGCAAGGCAAGAUACUUCAAACGCAUAAUUAAAAUCACUGUAAAGUAACGCAGUAUGGUGCUUUUUAUUUGAGAUGAAACGUUUCAAUAUUAAUUAGAGAAUCUAAUACUCAAUUGAUAUUUGAUUCAUUGCACUGGAGCUAAUGUAAUGAAACUUUAUGUAUACAUUAAUAUAAAAUUUUUAAGUAUA